AUGUCAACCAUCGAACCAUCAUUAAUAUCCCCCGUACCACUUUCUCCAGUCUCACGUAAAUUCCAUUCCUCCUCUUCUGUAUCUAACGGUACAUUACUCCAUGAUCGAUCAGACUCGGCACCCUUCCAAUCUAGUCCAUCUUUUUCCUCAGCACCAUCAUCAUCACCGCCACCAUCUUUCCUUGCCAAACAAUUAUCAAAUUUGUACGAAAGAUUACCACCUACAUUAUCAAAUUUCAUCAAACAAAAUGUAGGAUUGACAUUAGUUGGAUGUGCCCAAUUAUUCUUCGUUUUAAUGUCAUUGACAGUGAAAUAUUUUCUAUCAACGACUAAAAUAUCUUCAUUCACUUUGAUAUUCGUCCGGAUGAGUAUAACCUCUCUAUUUUGCAUAACAAGUUUGAUUUUUUUCGUCCGAGAUAAAAAUCCGAUACUGGGACCGGAGGGUAUACGCGGUAUGUUAUUGAUGAGAGGAUUUUUUGGAUUUAUGGGAUUAUUAGGUGCAUAUCAAGCUUUAAGAGGUUUAACAGUUUCAGAUGCUGUUACCAUUCAAUUUCUAGCCCCUACCUUGACUGGUUUAUUAGGUUAUCUAUUUUUGAAAGAGAAAAUGAAUUGGAAAGAGAUUUUAGCUGGAUUCGGUUGUUUAUUAGGUGUCAUAUUGGUAUCCAGACCUACUUUUAUCUUUGGUUUAUCAUCAAAUAAUCCUUUACCUGAUUCAGGAGCAGGUGGUGGUGGAUCAAGAUUGGAUUUACCUCCUCCACCACCUGGUGAAGGUGAUUCAGAAGGUAUAAUUACUCCUCAAAGAGGUGUCUCAGUUGCCUGGGCUUUUGUCAAUGUCUUCUUCACCGCCGUUGCUUACACGACUAUCCGAGGAAUAGGCGAUAAAGCACAUGCAUUGCAUUCGAUAGGGUAUUUUUCCUAUCUAUGUACGAUAUGUUGUGGAUUGUAUAUGUUGUUCAAUCCUGCACCGUUGGUAUUCGUAGAGAGUUUAAGAGAUUUCUUGUAUAUAAUCUUGAUAGGAAUAUUCGGAUUCUGCGCACAGACGUUACUUACAUUAGGUCUUCAGCGUGAAAAAGCCGGAAGAGCAGGAAUAGCUUUGUAUACUCAAGUUGUAUUUUCACUAAUACUGGAAUUUCUGAUUUGGCAAACUGUACCUUCUUUCUUGAGUGCUUUGGGUACUGCUAUUAUUUUAUCUUCUGCUUUCUGGGCUACAAUGUCAUCUACGAAACCUCUUCCGCGUGCCCAAGCUACCGAUGAAGAAGCACUACCAUUCUCCAGAAGUCCUUCUCCUAUACCACAAUCUCAGUCUGAUCGACCGACACUUCGAGGUGAACAUUAUAGCUAUGAAUCGGUCCCUGCGAACGAUGUCGAAGAUGGCUUUGACGACGUAUCUGAUGGGAAGAGAAGGAAGGAUAAUGGUACAGGGGAAUCAUUAUUGGAUGUUCCUCGUCCAUCUUCAAGACGGAAUAGUGGUACUUGA